AAGGGACAGGUUAUGACUGAGUGUGUGUGUAUUCACAACAGAGACUGUUACUGAAUGUAUCUAUUCGCCACAGUGAGCGAGCGUGUGUUCACAACAGAUGUAGAUGUGAGUGUAGUCAGUAAAGCUGUCAGAGAGGAAGAGGCGGUGCCGAGUCUGUUCGACAGAGGGAGGAAUUCGUUGCAGACACGCAAAGUCUUGUCAAACAGACAGUCAAAAUAUUUGAGAGCGACAAGGACCUGAAAAGCGAUAAAUGGAGUAGAGUGAAUGCUCCUGCGUUUCUGUUGCCCGUUAUUCCUGGAGUAAAGAAGCUGAGCACCGCAUCUAGAAGUGGUAACGGGAUAUCAUGGAUGACAGCAGCGCCAUCAGAGAGGUGCCAAUGAAUGAUGUAUCCAUUACGUUGGAACAGACUCCUCCAGAGCCAGCCACACAUUUGAAAUCUACAGGAUCGACAGUCAGCUUCUACAACAUUUACUACAGGGUGAAAGUCAACAGUGGUUUACCAUGCUGCCGUAAAAUCAAUGUGAAGGAAAUCCUAGAUGGAGUCAAUGGUAUCAUGGGACCUGGAAUGAACGCUAUCCUAGGUCCUACAGGAAGUGGAAAGUCUUCGUUACUAGAUAUUUUGGCUGCAAGGAAAGAUCCUUCUGGCUUGAAAGGACAAGUUCUAAUUGAUGGUGCUCCACAACCUCCUAACUUCAAGUGUAUCUCUGGAUAUGUCGUGCAGGAUGAUGUGGUAAUGGGAACACUGACAGUGAGAGAGAAUCUCCAGUUUUCCGCUGCGCUGCGUUUACCAAAGAGUAUCUGCAAUGCGGAAAAGAAUAAUAGGAUUGACCAGGUCAUUAAUGAGCUUGGACUGAUGAAAGUGGCAGACUCCAAGGUUGGAACUCCGUUUACUAGGGGAGUGUCUGGUGGAGAAAGAAAGAGGACAAAUAUUGGAAUGGAGCUGAUCAUUGACCCAUCUGUCUUGUUUUUGGAUGAACCGACUACUGGUUUGGAUGCUGGCACAGCGCUCACUGUCCUGCUGCUGCUACAAAGGAUGUCGAGGAAAGGCAAAACAAUUAUUUUCUCAAUCCACCAGCCCAGAUAUUCUAUUUUUAAGCUGUUUGGCAGCCUGACUCUUCUGGCCAAUGGCAGAUUGGUUUACCAUGGUCCUUCUGCAGAGGCACUGGAUUAUUUUUCAGGGAUUGGAUACACCUGCGAGCCAUUUAACAACCCUGCUGAUUUUUUUCUUGACGUUAUCAAUGGAGACUUAUUUGCAGUAAGCACACACAAAGCUUUAGACAGUUAUCCAGAAAUUGUUGGUAAUUCUUCUGAUUUAAACAAAAAGACCACUAUUGCAGAGAACCUAGCAAGUGAAUACUUGAAAUCCCGCUAUUACAGUGAAAUGAUGUCUGAAUUAAACAAGCUAUCUCAGGGAAAUGCUUCAAAUUCUGAGCCUGCUACUAGGAGGAUCACAUACACAACAUCAUUCCUUCACCAACUGAAAUGGGUUACUAAACGAUCCUUCAAAAACCUUCUCAGGAAUCCCCAUGCCUCUGUUGCACAGGUGAUGGUCACACUUGUCCUGGGGCUGAUUGUGGGAGCCAUAUAUUUUGGAGUGCAAGAUGAUAAUGCAGGUAUUCAGAACAGGGCAGGUGCAAUUUUCUUCCUGACCACCAAUCAGUGUUUCGGCAGCCUGUCUGUUAUCGAGCUGUUCAUUGCAGAAAAGAAGAUUUUCAUGCAUGAAUAUAUUAGUGGCUAUUACAGAAUACAUGCAUACUUCAUAGCAAAGUUAUUUGUUGACCUGAUACCUAUGAGAGCACUACCAGCCAUUACAAUUGUAACUGCAAGCUACUUCCUGAUAGGAUUAAAGCUACAGGCUGGUGCCUUUUUCAUCGCAUUGUUGACAUUAGCCCAAGUGUCCGUUACAGCUGCAUCUCUGGGAUUAGCUAUUGCAACUGGACAGAACACUACAGCAGCUGCCACCCUAAUGAUUACUGUUAUUUUUGUUCUCAUGAUCCUUUUCUCUGGCCUCCUGGUGAACUUGCCGAGUGUGGUAGUCUGGUUGAACUGGCUAAAGUAUUUCAGUAUCCCACGUUAUGGCGUGACCGCUCUACAAGUGAAUGAAUUUGUUGGACUGAAAUUUUGCAACAAUUCUGAAUCAGUAUCUAUUGCCAAAGAAAACAACCACAGCAUGAACUUUGAACUAAUUAUAUGCACUGGAGAAGAAUUCCUUGCCAAACAAGGAAUUGAAGCAACUGAAUGGGCCUUGUGGCAGAAUCAUCUAGCAUUGGCUGGCAUAAUGCUUAUUUGUUUCAUGAUUUCCUUCUUGAAACUCCGAUUCAUGAAGAAAACGUCAUAAUUAUGUAAAUAGACACUGACUCCAUUUCCUCCUUUGUUUAAUGUCCCGGGUCUUUUGGAAGGGAUCCCUAGCUCAUUCUGUCACAUACGUUUUUGUUUCAGUUAGUAAAUUUUCACACAGCUCAACCAUGUGUCUGUAUGGAGGUGUGUGUUCACGUGUUUGGCUGUAUAUCUGUUUCCGGCUGUGUGUUGUUCUGUGUCUCUGUCAAUGGAAUCUUCUGCUGUCUUCUGGUGAUAAGCAUGUAGAUCUGAUGAGCAUGUCAUAAGGUGGGAUGGUGGCAUAACUGAAUCUCUCUCCAGGAUUAAGUUCCUGGCAUCAAAGCCUCUGGUUGACCUUCCUGCCCUGUCUCUCUUUGAGCCCCUCAAGUGGCUAGUUCAUCCCAUUGGGAUCACUCAGCUGCAGGCAGGCCUGUUGCCAAGCAGUGUGGACAACAAGUAAAAUAGUGUGGCAGAGGGUGGGGGGGCAGUGUCACCUCUGACUAACAAAGGGACUGGAUAUUGAUAGGAGGGCCCAAUGAGAGCCAACUUCCUGCCCUUGUUGAGCUGCCUGCAUUCCUCGCUCAAUAGUCACCACCCUGCAAGAUCGUACCUUCACACUGCUUACCUUACUGAGUCACUCCGUCAUCCUUCUGACAGCAGCCACCACCUUUUUAGUUAUGACCUGCAGCUCUCAUUAGGUCUUGAUUCCAGGGAAAUGCAUGAUUGUUGUGUGGUUUGGUGGGCCUUCCUUGAAAGAGGCAGCACAGAUCUCUCACCAGCUGGCAGGGAGACCCUCCCCCCAGACUCAAUUCUGUCCAGUUUGUCUGUCUGUACGUCGCCAACUGUUUUCAAUGUCUUGUCUCGAAGAGGCUUUAUAUCUUCCCUAUUAACAAGAAAUAUGUCGCUUGAUCCUACAAAAGCUGCCUUCUUUGUGAUUUGAGGUUGUAUUGAAAUCAAGGUUGCCAACUCUACUUGGACAUAAUCCAUAAAUUUCCACUAUCCAAAGUCAUGUCCAAAUGCCCCACUGUCACACUUCACCAUUGGUUGUCUGGCACAUCCAUUCUUGCAGUGCCUUUACCAAUCAGGAAAAAACAGACUCUUGGAUAUUUUCUGACUAAAUCUUUUUCUUUUUGUCCUGUCCAGUCUUUUUAUAACUAGUGAACAAAGACUCAAACAUUUUAAAAGCACAUUUUUAAAUUCCUUUGCUUUUUCUCUCAAGCAUUUGCUAAUGGCUGUGUCCGGGAAAUUAAUCUUUAAUUCCUGGAGACUCUAGGAUAAUCCUAGGGGUUUGGCACCCUUUGAUUAAGUGCGGCUCGUCUUGACAAAUCUUCAGACAUGUUUUGUGUUUUGAUGUCACUUUAGAAAGUCUGUGCUGCACUACUGUAUAAAUGAGAGAAUGCUAUUGUUCUCCUUUGUACUGUUAUAAUGUAAAAUAUUACAGCCGAAUAUUGAAAAUGCUGAAAUGAAUAAAAGGAUGUUAAAUUUUGUAAUGUUAAUUAUAUAUUUUUGGGAAGUAUAUUUUGCAAAUUAUUUUGAUAGGUUUAACUUAAAGGAAAUCACUGUUGGAUCAUUACUUAAGAAAGUUAAAGAUACUGUGUGUUUUCAUGACUUUGGCUGAUGAUAUAAUGAAUGCAUGCACCUAGAGUGUAUAAAGUGGCUACAAUUUU